AAGUCGCCUGCUCCCGGUGCUUCCACUUCAAAAUCAAGUUUCCCUUAAACCUCUUCCUCGCUGUGCAUCCGAUUCCCGAAAUAAUGGCGACAACGCAGCUGCCGAUACAGCACUACAUGUGGGCCGUUGGCCAUUUCAUCUUGUUACUGUCUUCCUUGCGCUACUUCAUGGCAUGGGUCUUGUUCCGAGGCCCAUCUGCUUGGUGGUACAAAACGGCUUUCUUGGGAGCGCUGAUUAGCUAUGCGAUAGUGUGCCAAAAAUCUCUAGGGACACCACAACCCAACCUAGCAUGGGUCAAGAAAGCAUUGCUCGAUGAGAACGUGCAAUACUUCAUCCUGGCCUUCUUCUGGUGGAAUUCCAAACCGAUAGCCAUCGCUUUGUUUCCCUAUGCUAUCUUCUCUUUGUUCCAUGCCUUGACCUUCACGCGUACUACGCUGCUCCCACAAUUGCUUCCAGCCGGCCCUCCUGCUACAGCAGGUGGGCAGCCUACUCCUCACCCUCUCGCGAAACGGAUUCACCUCUUUGUGAAAUCCAACUAUAACCCCGCCAUGAAAGCGGUCUCUUUCAUCGAAUUGCUCAUCAUGGCACGUGUAACCAUUGGUGCUCUCCUGCUGCAAAAUUCGUUCUUCACGCCAGUCGUCUAUGCUCACUUCCUUCGUCAACGCUACUAUCAGUCUGCCUUCACUCGCGAAGCGGUUGCGAUUAUUAGCGCUCGCGUCGAUGGAUACGUCAACAAGCCUAGCAAUCCCCCGGUGAUUGCUCAAGUCUGGAGUCAAUUGAAAUUCUACCUCUCACGCUGGGUUGGAACCACGUUGGCCCAACAGCCAGCAGGAGGUGCUCGGGCUCAGUGAAGGAGCUUUGGAGGUUGCUACAGUCUGUAGGGCGUGUCUGUCGAACUGUUUUUUAAACUAUGCUAAAUCGUGUCUUCUCCUGUUGUCGGUGACCAUAGCUAGAUGCUGGACUUGGUUUCACUUGUUGUUACAAUCCACUAAUUAUGCAUUGGAUGUCGCUUGCUUGAAAGUUGAGAAACCAUUAUAUAUGAAGUGACGUCACGCGUAGACCUAGAGUGCAAUGGAGCUACUGUCACU